AUGGCUCGGUUCUGGUGGGGUUCGAACGAGAAGGGUAGAAAGAUCCAUUGGAAGAACUGGAGUUCCUUAUGCCAACCUAAAUGCCUAGGAGGUAUGGGCUUCAGAGACUUGGGAGUUUUUAAUAUAGCCCUCCUGGGAAAGAAAUUGUGGCGCCUAGCAACACAUGAGAGUUCCCGGGUAAGCCGAGUUCUCAAGGCAAAAUACUACCCCCGAACGUCUAUUUUAGAGGCAGCUUUAGGUCCAUUGUCAAGCUACUCAUGGAAAAGCUUAUGGAGUUCAAAGGCGCUUGUGAAGGAGGGCAUGCUAUGGAGAGUGGGUAAUGGCCGGAACAUUAAAAUUUGGUCCGACCCUUGGCUCAUCGAUGAUGAAAGUCGCUUUGCUACCACCAAUGAGAAUAAUGAGCUUUGUCAAUAUGUCGAAGAGAUCAUUGAUAAGGAGAAUUAUACCUGGGACUUGCAGAAAAUCGAAGGCAUUUUUAAUGAUCGAGAUAAGCACGCUAUUAUGGCUAUCCCGUUAAGUGAACGAUUGACGGAUGACACCCUCACUUGGGUAUGGUCCAAGGAUGGACACUAUAGUGUGAAAUCAGCCUACACACUUGGUAAGUCUCUUGACCUUGAUAAUUUUGAUCAUUAUUGGGUUGAAAUAUGGAAGGCUAAAGUCACACCAAAAGUCAGACACUUCCUCUGA